AUGGCUUCUAUGCAAAGCCCCGUCAAGAACGUACCCAUUCCAUGCUUGCCUCGGCCAGCUGCGGCAUCAUUCGCACCGGAAGGUUUUCAACUCGACUUGGGUCAACUAUCGCCCCAGCCAUCAACGUCUCCACCUGCUCUUACACCAUGUAGUGUGCUCGAGGAUGAGUCGGAAUUUACGCCGGCCACUCCUGCCGACGGCGGCUAUGACCUGCCCGACACUCCCACAAAGACUCAUAGGACCCGCUCUAUUUCAGCGAACUUGACCCUGCCCGAGAGUAAUUCAACACCAGACAGUGAUGCCAGCGAAGCUGCACGUAGAAGCAUUACAGUUUCCGAAAACUACGCAGCUGACAUCGUCCCUGAGACUUCUGAUGUGAAACAGCAGAGCGCUUCACGCUUUACUCUGAGUCUCAAAGUCGACUGCUCGACCGGGGUAGUGGAUGCACUUGAGAAGAAAUACCUCUGGAAUGUUGACACGCCAAUAUAUAAGCUUGAAGGAUGGCUUGCUCAGCACUUUGUGAAAACGGUCACUGAUGAUGCCGCUCUAACAAUGCUGACGUUCCGAGAGGAGGUCGAUUUUAACUUCUCUACGCCAUCCAUGACUAGAACUGAGGACACCACCCAAUUACGCAAGGAGCAGAUACCGUAUCCCAACAAGCAACGCUCAGACGCCCGCCCUUCGAUUCAGUCACCUUACAAACCCGAGAAAAACAAAGGCCGCCGCUUAGUGUGCGACCAACAGCAACGGCUGGACAAAUUAUUAUCCCGAACCUUGCUGACAAGGAUAGAGCAGGCUCAGUCUAUAUGUCCUGCUGAGAUUUCUGGAGACCCAACUCGCCGCUGCACGAAAAAACUCACAUGCAAGAUGCAAGCCCAGAAUAUCACCAAAGCUCUAAUUACUGCUUGGAACGACCCGCACCCUGCCCUAGCUCUCCGUCGCGUUCAGGAAAUCCUGCCGGUAGUAUGUUGCACAGGUGGUCACCAUCUUCCGCGAGCGAACACCAUCCUGGAUACGCUCCUUCGAACCUGUGAAGAGGCGCAAUCCUGGGAAACCGGCAAUGGCCCCGAAAUCAGAGCAUGGCUUGAGGCUAUCAUCACCAGGGCAGUCGUGCCGGUUGUUGGUCCAAAGACAUCCCUCUCCCAUUGUGAGGGCGAGACUAAGCCACCCACCUCAAGCAUCGAACGACCACUCCGGAGGUCUGAUCGCUUACAAGGCAAGCCAGUGGCUCAACCUGCGGCGCUCGGCGCCCGGCCAUGGAAUUCAGACUAUGAGCCCUACUACAAACAGAACUCCGAAAUCAACGCUAUGCCAACGCAAGAAAUUUUGCGUCAAAAGCUAACACGUCCGCUGACCAAAAAAGAACGAAGUGACGGGUUUCUCUACGUGUAUUGGAAACAGGGCACAUUCGGCCUCAUCAAGAUCGGAUACACGACCAAAACCACGGCCAAGCGACUACAACAGUGGCAAAGAGAGUGCGGCCAUGACGCCCAAGGCUGCGGACUGGGCGACAAAUCCUUGCAGCUGCGGGUCCGCAACGUGAGGCGUCUCGAGGGCCUCGUUCACACGGAACUGAAGCAAUAUCGCGUCCGACAGCGCCGAGGCAGUUGCCCGUGCGGCAAAGCACAUAUCGAAUGGUUCGACGUGGACAUCAACCACGCCAUGGCGGUCAUUCGGAAAUGGACGGCGUGGCUGCACGAGGAGGAACGUUACCAGACCUGCGAGCCCUGGGCGCUUUUGAACUCGGCGGAGAGCGUGCUUGACAAGCUCUGUGAGCCGUUGCCAGCCCCCGAGUCACUGAAGCCAGCUUCGAAGGAUGUUCGGGUGAAGAGCCGCAGCAAGGCUUCCAGUAAAACCCCAGCUGGACAUAAACGUUUGUCAGCCAUGCAAUCAAAUCCGUUUGUUGGGCUGGAGGAUGUGGCUGCCUUGUUCUUGAGAGCUGACCGAACCGUCAAGAAGGGGUCCGGCGGCCUGCUUCCAAACGCGGAAUCUUGA